UUUCGAUUCCUCGUCCUUCGCCCCGCCCCGCCCCUUCGGCCUGGGAUUGGUCGAGAGGCCUGGGAGGGGCGGGGCCGAGCGCUGUGUCGCUGCUGGCGGGUGAUAUGGCUUGGCUGGCUGGCGCGAGCGGCGCACUUGCCCUUGUUUCUCCUUAAAGCAAACCGACAUCGGGAGCGGAAGCGGCUCCGCAUCGUUCCCCUCAGCGUGUAUCCGGUUCUUUCCUUUCUAGAAGCAAACCCGGAAAUUCCUGAAAUGGCAGCGUCAUGUCGGACAUGUGCGGAGGGCCAGAGCCUGUGCCACCUGCGCCGGAUUGGCGUCCGUGCCCCACUUCCCACUGUUACCGAUCUUAUCCAUUUUGGUAAUCCUGUAACGCUGAUCGGCCGAGACAGAGGCGUCGUGAACUAUUUCUUCAGCGCCACAGUCGCAUGCGGAAGACAAUAUAUCUCCCGGAUCCACGCCCGUGUGAUUCGAAAUGCUGACAAGUUCGUGCUGGUGGACAGCAGCCUGACCGGGGUCUAUGUCAAUGACCUCCGGAUCUGCGACAGAAUAGACUUGCAAGAAGGGGACACUGUUACUUUUGGCCAUCCAGAAGGGAGGAAGAUAAAGGCGGGAGCCCGAGUCCGACAGCCAAACUCUCCCUUCUACUUCCUGUUUGAGCGCUGCCAUUGCAGUGCUAGUCAAAUGCAAUGCCUAUGUGACAACAAGAGGAUUUUACCAAAUGAGUGUCCUGCAUUGGCAUCUGUUGGGACGUCUCUCCCAGCCAACACGAGUUUGGGACUUGUGGCACACAUAUCACUCAGCUGUGCCACCGAGGCCCACCAUGGUCCCCAGCAUCCUGACAUCAUUACAUUGACUGCACCACUGACGUCUGCAGUUGCAACUGUGUCUUCAGCACCCACAAAUUCUUUUAAUAUGACUUCAGGUUUACCAAAAGAGCCCGGUCAGAUUGGGCCACCUGCAUCAACCUUUUCCUCACGAGAAGAUGUCUGUAGGCCAGCUUCUCGCCUUCUGCGUUCCACUUCACCAGACUACACAGUUCUUGGGGAGAGCUCCCUUGUUUCUUCUGAUUCUUCUCCUCAAACAACCCUGGAGGUAACAGAUAAUCUUUCACUCCAGGGAAGUUCAGAAUCCGAUGGUUCUGAGUUGCUGAGUGACAGGAGUCAGUCUGCUUCAGGAUGCAAGCCAAAUUCAAACAAGCCACUUCAGGAUGCGAAUGGCAAGAGCACUCUGGGACCAUGUUGCCUUGAUGCAACUAUUCCUGCCUUUGCACAACCAUCACUACUAUCUCCUACUUGUUCAGGCAGUAGAGCAUCUGAUCAUGACUAUUUCCAAAGUGAAAGAGCAGUUAACUCAGAUAAGGACAUCCAACCGGCUCUGCACUUCUUUCAGGCAGAGGACAGAGACAGUCCAGAUUUCAGUCGAUCUGUUUCCAACACAGAAGUGUUAGAUACUGAUAGCUCUGACCGUGCGGAAGAAACCCUGGAGCAGAGUAUUUGUCAAAGCACUGAAGAAAUAGCUGAUUGUGGGCAUCAGGUCAUGAUGCAGGUAAAAGAAGAACAGCGAGAGGCUGUGAGUUCUGCUAAGAGGAGAUCAGCUGAACGAAUGGAAGAGGAAGACUUUGUUGAGGAAGAAGAGGAGAACUCCCCAGAGAUAUCCUUACGUGGAGCUUCCCUGCUAGAAACAGAUGGAGCAGGAAACAUGGGAAGCAAUCUCUCUGUGAGGAUGCAUGUGUCACCUUUUGCUAAAUCUGGAAAUGACUGUCUUGAUUCAGCAAACAAAACUUCUGGUGACUUUUCUUCAGGGAAAGAGCCAGAGAGUGACUCUUGUACAGAGUUGGUGGGACAGGAUGCAUUGGAGCCAGAGGAUGCAAGUGCUGCUUCACUUCCAAGGAGUCUGCCCUGUGGUUUCCAAAGUGGUGGUGAUGACCAUGAUCUGAGCACUGAUAGUGGAAGGGACAUGGAAACGCAACCCCAUACAAAUGCCAGUUUGUUAACCCUGCACAAUGGCCAUUUUGGGACAGGAGAGGCUGGCUGCCCUGAGCCAGGGGUUAGCACUGCAAACUCAGAGGCCAUGGAUGUCAGUUUUUCAGAAACUUCCUGUGCAAAUGUGGAGACUCCAAUGGGAUUUGCCAAGGAAGUAGAGAUGGAUAUGAUGACUGCAGGGCCAACAGAAGAUGAGGAUGCAAACAGAUCACCAGGUAUUCUUGACCAUGAUGAAUUAAAGACAAGCAUGGCGUCAUUCAGCACUUCACCAAUAGGUUUCCUGGCUGAUGGACAUCUCAGUGGUGAGUCCUCUAGAGAAGGAGAGAGGGCAGCACAAGAAAAUGUGAUUCCAGAAGAUCUACUGGAAGCUUCUGAAGAGGAGGAAGCUCUUGUAGCUGCAUCUUCUCCAGCUGCCUCUGCUGUGCUGAAAGAGACAGUUCCUGAAGAGUCUCUUGAAGAUCCAGUUCCUGAAAAAAAAAUAAUACAUGUAAAGUUUUAUGAUGAAUCCUUGUCCCAAAGCAGCGAGACUCCCUCUGACAGAAAAGAGGAAGAAGCAGCACUGGCCGAAAGAAAACUGGAAGAAGCAAGCCCCAGGCCUGCCAAAGCUGGCAAAUCCCUACAGAAGUUUAUUGCUGAACCCAUGCAAGAAGAUGAAAAAGAGGUGUGUGGAAAUGACUGCCCUUUACUGGGCACAGCUUGUGCAUUGGUAGAGGGAUUGCCCAGAGGAGAAGAGCCCGGUUCUGAUAGUGAUAGUGAGUGGAAAUGUCAAGAGGAACCAGAUAACUAUGGGGAAGGGGGAUCAGCAAUAAAGAAAGGGAUAAGCAGCACCUUGGCAGCCGGUGGCAAAGAUGGGGACAGUCAGCAAGAAACAGCAGAAGAAAGUGGCCUGGAGAAAGCUCUGGAAGCGCCAGAGGAUGGCUGCCAGGAGAGGGCUGGCUCUGCCCUUUCUGAAGGUUCCCUUGCAAGAGGCCUAGAAGAGGAUGCCCCACAGCCCUCUGAAGACUCAGCAGGUAGGAAGCCAAGGGAGCAUUCUCCUUUCCCUGACAUUGAAGUGGAAGGGAUCCUGGAAUUGCCUUCAGAAGCAGACAAAAAGAAAAUAGGAGAGAGGCUGGCACCUGAAAGCAACUACUGUUUGCCCUGUCAGGGUGGCACUGAGGAUGAAAGGGCCACAAGCCUUAAUGUCAAAAGCAUGAUGGAGGUUAAAGGCCACAGUGCCUGUGAAAGGACCCUAGCAGGUGUUUCCAUAGAUCAAACAAAGGUGGAUUGUAAACAGAAUAACACACAAGCGGUGGAACUACUGAACAAUGGCCGUAUGCAUCUUAGAACAUGUUCUGACAGUUGCGCCAGUCUGGUGCACCAGCAGGAGUCUCCUGUUUCUUCUGACCCACAGGAGGGAAAUGCUCACAGGGCUGAAGGUUUGGAACAUGGAAUGGCAGUGAAGGCAUGUGAAGAAAGCAGUGCUGGGAAACCUGAGGACUCUCUGAUGGAAGACAACACUUGGGAGCCAGAUGUGGUUGUUGGGCAUUUAACCCCCCUUGGGCCAGAAGGGGAUGAUAAAGAAACCACCCUUUCUGUGGAGGAGGAAUUUGGCCAAGCUCUUGAAAGGUCUCCAUGCAACGAGGGAAAAGGCAGUCUCCUUGUAUCAGAUGCUCCUGGCACUGACACUGAGAAGCCUGGAGAUGCUGAGACUGGGCUUGUCCCAAGUGACUCUGGCUCUUCUAAGGUCCCAGAGAUGUUCAGGGAUGAUGAACUCCAUGUGCAUUCCUCUGACUUUGACGCUGAAGAGGAAGUGAAUGAGGAUGCCGAGGUGUCCAUUGCCACUGCUACCGCCAGUCUUCAGCCAGGAAGGGCAGAUUUCCUUUCAAAUCCUGCUGUGGGUUUAGUCAGUGUUGCUCAUAAGAACAGUGAAGUACGUGAAAAACUAAUUUUUGGAUCUCCUGAUUUAGGUUCAUCUGAUACAGCUGUCCAAAAAGCCAACAUUGGGUCCUGGGAAGGUGCAAAGGUGUCACAUGUGGGUUUGGAACAGCAAAACAGUUUCCACUGUGAGUCAAACAGUUACCCAGAUAAUGUGGGUAGAAAAUUGCUUCCUUUGGUGAAAAAUGAAUUGCUGGGAGAAGAACAGGAAGGUUGGGAUAUCAAAAGAGUGAACCUUGUGCCUGCAAACCCAUCUAGUAUCAUUGUAGACCCUUCUUGCUUGUCAGAAAAUGAUGUCAACCUUGUCACAGAGGAGCAAGCCCCGGAUAGUGCUGCUGGGCUGGCAGAAGACGCUGGUUUGGUUCUUGACCACAAUGACUGUCUUUCUAGCCACCCAGAAGAGAAGAUUUUAGCUGGACCUCUUGAAGAUGGAGAAACAGUUAAGGAACACUCGGGAAGUGAUGUUUCAGCCAGUCUCUGUUCACAAGAAGAGGAAUGUGCCCAGAAGAAUGGAGUCAAGACACUGCUAGAGCAGCAUGGAGAAGCCAAAACGCUCCUGUGUCAUGGACAUAAAGGCCAGCUGGACAAGAGCCUGGUUUCCUCUGUAGGGUUUGGUGAGAACUUGUGUUGCUCGGAAUACCAGAGGACAUUUUUGCAGAAGGAAGAGGAGUCAAAAGGCAGUUCUUCCAGAAAACGACACUUGGAAGAAGACCAGGAGCAGUCAUUUGGGCGGUCAGGGUCAGAAGGUGGUUCCUUCUCUGAAAAGAGGCCGUGUCCUCUGGCUUCUCUUUUAAUCCAGGGCCCCCGACUGGAUCAACCUCUUCCAACCAUGGCAGUACUUUCUCCUCCACGUAAAGAGGGGCAUCACAACCAGGUGGGUAAAACUAUAGCAACGUUUCUUGACCAGUACAGCAGCCACGUAACUCUGCAUUCUGAAGAAGCGAGAAAGAGGAACAGAGACCGUGUUGCCCAGAUUGUGAGAAAUUACUUCAAAAACAGCUCCUGGAAGCCAGCAACUGAAAAUGAGGAUGAGGGAAUGUCUCAGCUGUCAGCUGAAGUUGCCAAAGACAUGGACUGUGGAUCUCUCCUCGUAUUAGAGGCUGGGGAAAGCAGAAGAGAUGAUGAGCCCAUGUCACCUGAGGAGCAGGCAAAGAGCAUCCUCUCCCAGGCCUCUUCCCCUGAAAGCCAGAAUGGGACUUCUGGCACCGUGUCCAGCGGGUCAAGCUCCCCCGUUCAAGAAGAGGACCAGGACUCAGAAAGCAUUUGGGAAGCCUGUUUCUCUGAAGAGGAAGACUUCCAGUUUCAGGUUUGUUCACAGUUAAAUAAUCCUUCUCCUGAGUCUCCUGUUCAGUCCCAUAAUGCAGAACCAGUGCCUGGUGAGAAGGACUUGGACUUUUUCUUCUCUGACAUCUCCAAUACUUCAGUUGAGCCUGAUCUCUGCAAGCCUUCAGUCAAACCACAUGGAAGGGGUCCCUCUGGGGUAAGAAAGGAUAGAUUCCCUGAAGGGGCUUCUGACAUGGCUGUUGAAGCCGCUGAGAUAAACACAGCGUUUGAGUUUUACUGUGAGACCUCCAAUGAAGACUGGGAUUAUGAAGAUCCAGGGACACCAUCGGAUGCAUCAUCCCAGGAAGGGACCCACCCUGAUGUCACUGUUGCCUCUGAGAAGAGUGAUGCUCUGUGCCAUCAGGAAGCAGAGGCCAUGUCUGAUUCAGAUGGCGGAGGUGAGGCUUCCAGCACAGGGGGCUUCGAACGGAGUGAACCACCACCAGCAAGUCCCACAACUGGUCAAGAGGAAGAGGCUGGUGGCCCUCGUGGGAUGCAAACUGAAGAGGUCUCCUUUUCCCAAAGAAGCCACAUGGACUUCUCUUGCGCAGAUCGGGAGUGUGAGCCGGCCAUCAACCCACCUCCUUCUGCCUCUUCUCCAUGGGAGUCCAUCUCUAUGCCUCUUGACUGUCCUCAUGCGCCGUUAAAGAGGGAGCCGUCCAAUGAAGAUCAUGGCUGCCAGAAUGACAGUGGACAGGAGUCUCCAUCUCUCUUUCAAAUUGUGCCUGUUGCUGCUGCUUUUAAGCAAGAAAGCUGCCCCAUUGUGGUUGGCAUAAAGGAGGAGGUUUCCCCGCCAGAGAGCUCUUCGGUCAUUUGCCCCGUCUCGACUCAAACCAAGCUCACCUUUUUGCAGAAUGGACCAUGUUUGCUCAGCUCCUCUGCCAUGAGGGAUGGAUUUGUGGAGGCUGAUGGAAGCAAUGACAAUUUUGAUGGAGCAAGUGGAAGAAUAUGGAGCAGGAAUGGAAGGUCUCCCUUCUCUCUUCUGCCCUCUUCUGAGGCCAGCAGUCCUCUUGGCAUUGCCCCAAAUGUGAAGGAAAGAGAUAUUGGUGAUCACCUAGGAAAAGAUGUGUCCAGACAUGGGAAAGUGGCAAGAUUACCUGGACAGAUGGACUCUGCGAGUGCCUCUCAAGCAAUUCCAGGGGAAACGGGGACCUUGCCAGGCAUUGGUGCCUUCGACAACCAGGUGCUUUCUUGCAGCUCCAUGCAAUCUAAAGAAGGUGUGCCGCUUCUGAAGAAGGGGCACCUGGCACUUGUCCCUUCUGCUUCUCAGGUCUUCAAGGAAGAGAGGGACCUGUGUGAUCCCCAAGACCAACGCACCAGCUCCGGCCCUGGCACACCGUAUCCUGUGGCUUGUUCUCCGGUCAUCUCAGUCUUGCCUAAACCCCACAUACCUGAUCCCUCAGCAGCCAGCCAGCCAGAAAGUUCUGGAAGUCCUGCGGACUUAGGAAGUGGAGACAGACUUCCCUAUCAUUUGGAAGAGCCUGAGUUAGAGUCUGAGCAUGUGAACUCUGACAAUGAGUGUGAGGCUGGCCCAGUGUCUCUGGGCUCAGAGGAAGGAGAAUCGUCCACAUCAAGUAGCUGCCCCCAUGCUGCAUCCAUUACUCAGGCCCAGAGCAAUCCUUGGCUUGGUGCAAAUGGAUCAGAGGGCAGCACUUUCAAAGGCUGGGCCUCCUCUGAGCAAGACAUUCAGUUCCAGCUGCAGGAGUGCCAGUCUGUCCUGGCAGAGAUCUCAAAGUCCCUCAGCGGGGUGGAAGGGAUCGAUGACACGCACCUGGAGAAGUGGAGGGACCAGAUCGCCCUUCUCCAGAAGGCCACCAAAAUGCCCCAGACCUUCAUUGCGGUGGUGGGGAACACGGGGGCCGGGAAGAGCUGCUUGCUGAACGCUUUGCUGGACGAAGAAGCUGUGCUGCCCACCUCGGACAUGAGGGCCUGCACGGCGGUGGUGGUGGAGGUCUCCAGGGCCGCUGGGGGAAGCCCCUACGAAGCUGAGGUGGAAUUCCUCUCUCGAGAGGAAUGGUACAAGGAGCUGAGGGCCCUGCUGGAGGACAUGAAGGACAAGUCGGGCAACCUGAAGAGACGGUGCCCAGACCGCAAGACGGAAGCCGGGGCCGCCUACUGCCGGGUGAAGGCUGUCUAUGGAAGGAUAGAGGAGCUGGAGAAGCUGGAGCAGAUGCAGGAAGUGACUCAGUACCUGGGCACCGUGAAACAUCUCUCGGCAGAGACGGCAACAGUCUUCCGCUCGAGCAUUGAGAAAUUCAUUGAUUCUCGAACUGAUAAUCUGCGUGAAAUGAAAGGCGGAGAGUUUUGGCCGAUUGUGAAAUGCGUUAAGAUCCGUGUUGCCAACUCGGAGGUGUUGAAAACGGGGGCCGUGCUGGUGGAUUUGCCAGGGACCCGGGACUCCAAUGCUGCCAGGGACGAAGCCGCCAAAGAGUACCUGAAAGACUGCAACGCCGUUUGGGUUGUGGCGAGCAUCACCCGGGCGGUGGAUGACAAAACAGCUAAGGAGAUGCUGAGUGCAAGUCUGCGCAGGCAGCUCCUCAUGGAUGGUCGGUACGGGAGCCUGGCUUUUGUUUGCACCAAGACAGACAGCUUUAACAUCACAGAUAUUGUCAGGGACCUGAAGUUACAAGAUGAGAUUCAGUGUGUAGAAGAUGAGCUGAGAGAGUUGGAAAACCAGAGGAUGCAAGCCGAGGCGGAGAAGAGGAGCCUUUAUGAGUAUCUGCAGCGAGAGGAGCAGAGACAACCAGGCGAUGGUGCAGACUCAGCCUGGCUCCAGAGAGAACACGAUAUCUUGGUGAAGGAAUUCAGAAUCAGCGACUUACAGAGACAGAAAGAGGCAAAGCUGCGUGCCAUUAGUCUCAUCUGUGUUCUGGCCCGAAAUAAGUUUUCCAAGCAGCAGAUUUUGACAGAUUUCAACGCUGGCCUGGAGGAGAUGACAAGGAAGGCACUGGAUCCAGAAUGUGAAGAGGACAGUGAUGAAGAGAUGGAGGAGGGAGAUGCUGCCGGCUCAGACUCACCUGGCCUUGGAGAAGCAGAAUCCCAGCCCAAGAAGCUUCAGGUUUUCACGGUCAGCUCCACGGAGUAUCUCAAACUUUGUGGGAAACUGCUUCGAGAUGGCCAGCCUCAAGUCUUCCAUGACACCAAGGACACAGAAAUCCCAGCUUUGAAGAAAUUUGCCAUUGACACAGCUUUGAAGCACAGCAUGGAAGCCACGGAGAAGGUCAUCAGGGACGUGGCCCGUGUCCUGAGCCAGAUGGUCAAUUAUCUGACCAGCCAAAGAGCGGAGGACCACUCUCACCAGGCCCAGAUCCAGGAGAUUGUGCAGAGGUUCUUGCGGGACGUUCCUUUCCAUCUCCAGGACCCCGUAGAGCGCAGCGUCCGUGAUGUCCAGCACUGCUUUGGGGGGUUGAUCUGCAACAGCCUCCAGAAGGGUGCCGCCAGGGCCAAGGAGCGGUGCCAGGCCAUUGUCAGGAGCUGGGGAUCCCCUUGUAAUGGCUUGCCACAUGCCACAUACCACGCAGUGUGCUGUCGCCACGGUGUCUACACCUCUCCAAUGUACGGUUCUGUGGAUUUCAACAGAGACCUUGCGCAUCCAAUCCAAGAGGCUGUGUCUGUAACUUGGAAUGAGGUCUUCAGCAUGAAACUGUUGGAGUCUGUCAAGUGCUUUAAUGAAGCUGUCUUGGCGGUGAUGCAGUCCAUCUUCAGAGACCUUGAGGGGAGGCUGAAGGAGCACAGCAGAAUCGCGGAGGCAGUGCAUGGCAUCUUCUGGCAACAGAUGGAAGCCACUCGAGCGAAGUUAAUCAACUUCACUCUGGAUCUGAUGGGUUACGUCACCCGCAGGCAGCGUGAGAUCUCCCGGCUCCUGGUGCCAGAAAUCAAGGGUCGCAUGGAACCAGCCUAUGCAGCUUGUAGCCAGAUGUCUGGCCGUGGCUACUUCCAGCUAAUGAAGGAAAAGAUGGAGAGCUACACCCACCGAGAGAAGGAGGCCAUCUUUGAUUCUGCCGUAGAGAAGCUGCUGGAACAACUUGGCCAGCUGCAGCAAUGCAUCCAAGAGAAAUUCCAGAGCUUGGUCCGGGAGCUGACCAGGUCCCUAAAGAUGCAGUUUGAGCCCAUCCUGAAGCCUAUCCAGAAGAAUGGGAAGAUCAUUCCAGAAUUAAUGACCAUCUGUGCCAAAGUGGACAAACUCUGCAGGCGCUCUUGUGUAGAUUAUAUCCUCCCUUGCCCUGUGCUGGCAGCGGACAGAUCCCCUGGCAUGGAAGAGGAACUGGUGCAGGCACAGGAUCCCAUGAACUGUGGGGCAAUGAGUGCGGACAUCUACACAGGAUCAGCCACUCUUCCCAACCUUACAGCCAUCCAGCCAUCUGUGUGCAGUGCUUCCAACUUUCCUGCUUCUCUGCACCUCCUCAAAGCCUCCGCUGCCACACAGCAGCAGCCUCAGCAUCCUCCGGUUCCUUUGCACCCAGGAGGCAAAAAGAGGGCUGGAGAGACUCCCCAGCCAGAGCUGGAGAAGAGGCACAAGGGCCAAGGCACAGUCCCUGGGGAAGGAGGCGACCUGACCGGACAGCCUUUGCUGCACUACAGUGGGAUGACACAAGUCAAACCAGAACCCAGUUUCCAAGACUUUACCUCCCCUUUGCUGCCCACUACAAGCCAAGCGCCAGCCCCAGAGGACUGCAGGCAGAAGGCAAGCGUGAUUCCAGGCCCGCCUCAGACCCAUGUGGCCAUGAAGGUGGAAGGUUUGGCCAUUCCUGGGUCUUCAGAAAUGACAGGCGUCCUCUGUGUUGGAGCUGUAGAGGGAAUUUGGGGAUCGCCUUCAAAUCCAAACAUGGAGGAGAAGCGGAGAAUGAAGUCUGAGAAGAUGGACUCGGGCAGAGAGAUGUGUUCACCUGAUCACUCCUGGAUGACCCACUGAGAUCUCCCUUUGGCUUCUGCACCUGUCCGUGUGGAGCCUCAUUUCUUGGCGUAGGAAAGAUGCAGUGCUCCCCUCCAAAUUUUUUUGAAGGGAACCUUCAGGAGGACUUUGCUUUUGGACUCUGCAUGCUGAGUGGAAAGGCCUUUGCUAAGCUUUACUUUGCCUCUGCAUCCCAGGCCUUCCUGGGCUGAAGUGACCAUUGUAAUUUGUGGGAAAGCUACAAGGCCCUGCUUUCCUCUUUGCCGCACACUGGCCCCGGCAGCAGGGAAGGUGUAGUUUUUGCUUUGCUCUUGACCCUGCGCCACGAAGAAUGUGAUAUUGGCAAGGCAGGGACAUGGGGCUGGCUCUUCUUCUGCCAGAGGCACAUUUGAGAGAGAGCCUGGGAGUGUGGCCAAGUCUCCUUCUUUGAAGGUUUUUCAACAUGGCUGGAUGGCCAUCUGCUUUGGCUGGGUCUUUGUGCAUGGCAGAAUCGGGUUGGACUGGAGGUCCCUGCGGGUAUCUCCAGUUCUAAUUCUGUGACAGCCCUGAGGACUCCUCUUGACCAAGGCAUUCUCUGAGGCAAUUCCUCUGUUUUAUUGAGAGCUCUUAAUGCUGCUUUUCCCCAGGACUUUGUAAAGUAGGAGUGAAUGAUUCCCUUCAACCUAACUCUCAAUAUUGCUGAUUGAGAGUCUUAACAAGUGGGAAUGAAUGGCUCUGGGCCCUGCCAUGUGCCGCCUGGGUUGUUUUGAAGUAGUUGCUCAAAACCCACAGGUGGGUCUUUUUGCAGAAUGCACGACUUGAGCCCUUGCUAGUUUGCUGGUCCUGGUUGCCUUGUCCUUGUUUGGCUGUGAGAACUGAAGCAGGAGAGCAGAUUGUGUAUCUCAUGAUGGAGAGCUCCUUAGCUUGCUCUCUUCUGGUGGAAGGAAGGAAGGGCAUUUUCAGAGAAGGAGCAAAACAUUUUCCUGAGAUUUUGUGGUGUCAGAAAGCAGCUGCACAUGGUCCUGUCCUCUUUUGCUUCUCCCUCUGUCUGGUUUUUGCUUUUACAUCCUGAAAGCGGACUAAACCCCUUGAUACUGGCUACGGACCAUUAGAUGGGUUCCCAGUAAUCGGCUUUUCCCUGCUUAGCUAUAAUACACUUUGAACAGAUCGCUUGCUGUAUGUAGCCCUGGAUUCAGCAGCGAUUCCUCCUGGGUGGUUGGUUUUGGUAGAUCUGACGUUUCUCUUCUGUUUCCUGCCACACUCUCUGCGCUCCCUUUAAAACAAAACCUUUCUCUUUUCUAGAGCACUAGGAGCUUCCUCUCCUGAGCCGUGUGUCCAGCAGCCACCUUGCCUUCAAGUCUAGGCUUCUGCACUUUUGUUUUGCUUUAUAAAACAAUAUAAUUUGCACUAUUGGAGGGUAUUGUUGAGCUACUUUAUUGUGAGAGAUUCCAGCCUCCUGCAUUGGUGGAUGGGCUGCCUCUUGAGGAGCCUUUUGUGCCGGAUCAGCAGUCAGCGUCUUAUUAAUCCUGGUUUGCUGGGAUCCACCUCUGCCUGUUUGCAGCUUGUUUUCAAAGGUGUUGUUCAAUGCAAAGGUUUCAUUAAUAAGCAUUAUUAUUAAAACUGAAAUUGAA